GACACCAAAACUUUGUUGACUAAUUUCACAAACCCAGUUCUAACUCGAGCCACUUUUUCACCCUUUCUUCUAACAAUCAGAUCGACAGCUGAUCUCGAACAGAGAAACUAAACUAUUUCUAUUCUAACAUGGUGCGAGAAGUAAUCAACAUCCACGUAGGACAGGCGGGAGUGCAAAUGGGCAAUGCAGUUUGGGAACUGUACUGUCUCGAGCACGGAAUCGACCCCGAGGGAAGGAUGCCCUCAGACACCUCUGUCGGCAAAGAGGACGACUCCUUCAACACCCACUUCUCCGAAACGGGCACUGGACAACACGUCCCUCGGGUUCUAUUCGUGGACUUGGAACCAGGAGUCAUAGGUGAAAUCAAGAGUGGACCCUACAAGAAGCUGUACAACCCGGACUGUUUGAUUGACAGCAAAGAGGAUGCGGCCAAUAAUUACGCGAGAGGACACUACACGAUUGGCAGGGAGAAAAUAGAGGAAGUAAUUGAGAGGAUGAAUAGAGUGGCAGAGGAGUGCAGUGGUCUACAGGGCUUCACGGUGUUCCAUAGCUUUGGAGGAGGCACUGGGUCUGGGUUCGCGGCUCUCCUCAUGGAGAGACUGUCCAUGGAGUACCAGAAGAAGUGCAAACUAGAUUUCUGCGUCUAUCCAGCACCCAACUUGGCCACUUCAGUUGUGGAGCCCUACAACGCCAUCCUGUCGACACACACGACUAUGGAACACACAGAUCUGACAUUCAUGGUGGACAAUGAGGCCAUUUUCGACAUCUGCAAACUGCACCUCAAGAUCAACAACCCCACCUACACCAAUCUGAACAGACUCAUAUCCCAGGUCGUCUCAUCCAUCACUGCUUCACUACGAUUCCCAGGAUCUCUCAAUGUGGACUUGAAUGAAUUCCAGACGAACUUGGUGCCAUUUCCUCGGAUUCACUAUCCACUCGUAACCUAUUCACCCAUCAUCUCGGCGGAGAAAGCUCAAAUGACCGCUCUUUCUGUCAGUGAGAUCACUUUGAACUGUUUUGAGCCGCAAAGUCAGAUGGUCAAAUGCAACCCAAGAGAGGGUAAGUACAUGGCUGUUUGCCUGCUAUACAGAGGUGAUGUGAGUUCAAAUGAUGUGAACAAGGUCAUCAGCGUUCUGCAGAAGCGAAAGAACAUCAGCUUUGUAGACUACAUUUCCACUGGAUUUAAAGUUGGUAUCAACGGAACUGUUGCAAAGACUGUACCUGGUGGUGACUUGGCAGAAGUUCCCAGGUCAGUUUGCAUGAUCAGCAACACUUCGGCUAUCGCAGAUGCUUGGAGACGACUGUGCGAGAAAUUCGAUCUGAUGUACCAGAAACGAGCCUUUGUACACUGGUAUGUCGGAGAAGGAAUGGAGGAAGCUGAAUUCAAUGACGCUAGAGAGGACCUGGCAGUGCUUGAACAGGACUACGAAGAAGUUGUAGCAAGUGAGAAUGCUCAAGAGGACGAGGACGUAUAUUAAUCAACAGAACAUAAUUCAAAAGUUCUGUGGAAUAACAAUGUACAAUGAUUGCUGCGUCCUUUGCAAAAACAAACUUUUGCAAAAACAAAAUUUAUUCCUGCAAGUUUCGUUCAAAAAUCAAAAACAAGUAAAUAUGUGGCUCAACAA